AUGAGGAAGAUUAUUCUCUGCUUCUAUUUUGAGCAGUGCCGACGAUGCCACAUCUUGGACUCUGAUGAAGAUGUGGAACACAGCAAGGAAUCACAGAAAGGGCUACCCCUCUCUGAGCUGCUGUCUGCUUUGGGCCUGAGGCAUCUGCAGGGGGGGAAGCUCACUCUCAGCUCAGUCCUGGAGAUCAACAGCAGCACACUGUAUGAUCUCCCACCACAAGGUCCAAAGCAAGUGCCAUGGAGUUUCUUAAAGAAAUUCUUGAUGGCCCAUUCCAAUUCAAGAAACAUACAAUGUGCUCAAGACCAACUAUUGCAGAGGUCUAGCUUCACUGAAGAUGAUGGUGGAUGCAAUUUGCUGAAUCCUCUAGAUUUGAUUACUGCCCUUCUCCACUGUGCAGAUCCUUUCCUCCAGCAGAAAAUGGUGUCAAAAAUGUCCUUGUGCCAGUUUGCUGUUCCUUUACUGCUGCCAAACUGUGACACACAGCAGAGCACUCUUAUGCUGUGGGCCAUGAGAGAUAUAGUUAAAAAAUACAAAUCAGGUGAUGGGAGAUUUGUAGAGGGCAGAAUUAUGGAGAUGGACAUCCCCAUGGUGUCUUUUGUUAGGGUAGGAGAGUGCAGUUUGCCUAAAUCUCAAUUUUUGAACACAUUGCUCAGUAAUCACUGUCAACCCAAUGAAGCAUUUAUCCAUCAUGGCAUGCCAUGUCGUCAUAAUCCCAGGGGAAUCUCUGAUGGGCUGGUUGAAGUCAGCUGGUAUAUGCCCUGCGGAAAUGACCAAAUUGACAUAUUCAAACAGCCAGUGGCCGUGGCCAACCUGAGAGGAGACAGCAGGUUGUUUGGAGCUCAGGUGUCCUUCCUGUGUCAGACCUCAGCUGCAGUUUUCAUCUUCAGUGAUGACCUGGAUGUUGACCUCAGUCCUUUCACAAACACAGAGAGAAAAGCAGAGCUCUACCUGGUCACCAACUCUAAAAUGAAGAACUAUAAUAUGGAGAAACUCGAGGAGACAUGCAGAAAAUACAACCUUAAAAUGGAAUGUGUGAUAAUUAGAAGAAAGCAAAAUGACAGUGAAUUUGUCAAUGUGUUGCGUUUCCAUGUGCAGAGCAUUGUCGCAAGUUAUUUUGUAAAACCCUUCUUUUUUGAUUUGGCAGAUAUCGCUCCCCAGAUUGGAGUUUUAGCUGAUGAGGACUUCAGUGAGUGCAGGAAAGGGAGAGGCAUUGUUGAGGGAAUCACUGGAAUGGUGAAGGACAUUGUGGGCUUUAAGGAGGAGCAGCUGCCUUUGCAUGGAACCAUGUGGAGGAAAAUCAGCCAGUUAGAAAAGGAGAGGUGCAGAAUGAAAAAUGCCACAAAUGAGCACUGCCUAAAACAGUACAGGAGUUCACUGAUUAUGCAAGAAACUGCACUGAGAAGGGAACAACACCAGAGAGCAUCAUCAGCUUCUAUGGUCUGCUUUCUUUUUGGAAUCUCACAACCAAAACCAGAACGUCUGUACUUCCUGCAGUGGCUGAAGAUUCAGCUAGACACUCUCACCAGACAUGACCUGUCCAUACUGAGACAUCAGUACAAAGACUGCUGUAAUAAGAAUCCACAGAACAAGACGCUGAUCAAAAGCUUGGAUGAGCAGAUAUUCAACUGCUCGUUGGGUCCUGAGCACUUCUUUCGAGAGCUUGGGCAGAUUUAUGAGUGUGCUUGCUCCCAACCACAAGACCACCCUGUCUCAAGUGAGGUACACCAACUGCCUGAUCGGUGUGCUCAGAUGCUGCUGGAUGGGUUCCCAGUGGAGCUGGUGGAUGGAGAAGCUUCACAUAUAUCAAUGAAGUGGAUAUCAGCAGUCCUGACUCAGCUGCACCAGCUAGUGGACAAGAAGAGCAGGAUGCUGGUGCUGACUGUGCUGGGGGGGCAGAGCACUGGUAAAUCCACACUUCUCAACACCAUGUUUGGGGUGCAGUUUGCUGUCAGCAAUGGACGAUGCACCAGGGGAGCAUUCAUGCUGCUGAUAAAGGUCUCUGAGGAUGUCAGACCUGAGCUAAAGUGUGACUUCAUCAUGCUCAUCGACACAGAGGGCCUCAGGUCACCUGAGCUGGCAGCACUGGACACAAGUAAUGAACACGACAAUGAACUAGCAACCCUGGCCAUAGGGCUCAGUGACAUAACCAUUAUCAAUGUUGCCAUGGAGAACAACCAAGAGAGGAAAGACAUUCUACAGAUCGCAGUCCAUGCCUCUAUGAAAAUGAGGGAGGUUGGGAAGAAGCCCAGAUGUCUGUUUGUGCAUCAGAAUGCGUCUAACAUGUCUGCUCAUGACAAAAACAUGAGAAAUCAGAAUACACUGGUGGAGCAGCUCAAUGCGAUGACUAAGGCAGCAGCUCAGCUGGAGAAUAAAGAAGCCGACACAAAGUUCACUGAUGUGAUGAAAUGUGAUCCUGAUAAAGACAUCUACUACAUACCUGGACUUUGGCAUGGGACUCCUCCAAUGGCCCGAGUGAAUCAUGGCUACAGUGAAGCUGUAUAUGACCUUAAGAAGAGUUUGCUUAACAUGUUAAAAUCUGAUGAAGUGAAGUGCCAUGAUGCAAUAGGGUUCCGGAACUGGACCUCCAGUUUGUGGAAUGCUGUCAAAUUUGAGAACUUCGUCCUCAGGAAAGUUUUUGAUCUCAGAGAAAUUGACAAAAUGGGCAGAGAAGUCAUGGCUUACCUUCAGACUUGUGAAGGACAGAGUCACUCUGUAUCUCUUCAAAUGAUGAAAGGUGGCUUCCACUCUGACUCAGACGCCAUCAGAUCAUCCAAGCAAGUCUUUGACUACUGGUCUGACUCCAGCUACUCAAGGCCAGGACAAUACGAUCAACACCCACAUCCUGUCAGGAAUGCAAAAAGCUUUGAGUUUAUUCCACCUUUCAUGGGAGGAGAGAGUCCUGGUCCUGGUGCUAUGUCUGAGUUGAGCCUGGUGCUGCUGGGGGGCAGUGCAACUGGGAUGAGGGCAGCAGGAAACAUCAUCCUGGGUGCAGAGGAGUUUGGCAGGCAAGCCAGCACACACACCUCCACAGAGGGCCAGCACAGCGAGAGCAGACAGAGGGAGAUGGCUGGGAGACGGUGCAGACUCCAGACUGGUUCUGCAGUGGAGUCUCUGAGAAGGACAUGA